UCUCUCCUUUUGCCUCUCUCCCACUCUCUCUCUAUAUAUAUGUCUACCUGUCUCUAUCUAUCCAUAUAUUUGUGUCUCUUAGACGGAAUUCCAUGCUCUUAUCUAAAUUAUUCCAAUAAUUUCACACCUGGAUGGCGUGUCCUCUUAGGAUAAAUACUGAUUUAAUCUGUUUGAAGAAAAACGAUUUCUCCAACAUUUCAAGAGCUUUUUAUUUUUCUGAUGGCUGAAAUGACUUGAAUUUCAUGCCGAGGCCUAGGGAUGAUGCUUGGCAUAGCUGGUGUACUGGUGACGAGGAAACAGAAUUUAGUUUAAAUUGAUUUGCUUGUUUGUGCUGUUAUGAUGGCCUUUCUUUGUUCAGCUGUGUACAUGUGGAUAUUCUAAUGAGGCCGCAUUGGAAGUGAAGAAUUGACACCCACUCUUAUAUUUUCUUGCAGACCGGCAGCCGCUCAGUCACCAUCCGCCUACGCAAUGGCUCCGUCCUCGUCAAAGCUGACCCCCGUCUUAUACGAGAUUACCACUCAGACAAGCAAAAUGGUGCUCAAAUUGCUGCUAGAGUGGGCUGGCAAGACCUUUUACGAGUACCUCAUACAAGUGAAGAUGAUUUCUAUAACAACAUUACGCAAGAAGUUUAAUCAGAGUCAAAGGAAAAAGAUAGAGAAGAGUGGUGAUAUCACGACAUUUGAUGUCUCCCUUUUAUACAUCUGCAUCAUGUUCGGCUGUGAUGGAUUAGCACCUCCGGGAGAUGCUCAAUGGACAACUUCAGCAGAGACACUGGAAUGGUAUGUGACAUCCAUCAAGAAUCGUAGGAAUGAGUUCCUACAUGAAGAGUAUGUUGUGGAUGAUCAAAACUUUUUUAGAGUGAUAGAGGAGCUGAGGGAUCUGCUCAAUAAUGCCCUGAAGAAAGUAGCAGAAAUCUACAACAUAGAUGAUAACAUCGUUCAAGCUAACUUGGAAGAUCUAAACAAAGAGGUCAACAGUCUUCGAAACAACCCUUUACACACAUCAGGUUGUCACGAAAUAGUCUUUGACAGACUGUGCCAGCAGGUGAAAGUCGAAGGGAAACGAGAAUUGAAAAGACUCUAUAGAAAGGAGUCCAGUUUUGGACCAGCUUCGAGUUUGCUUGGGAAAUCGAAGGUGCGUGUGGACAAGGUCUUCACCUCGAUGGAAAUCAAGCAGGAAGGCUCACAAACACAUGAGUUCAUCCAAUAUAGUGAACUUCUUGCAAAGGCAGAGGAGAGACGGGAACAGAAAGGGAAAGACUGUUCCGUGUUACUCAUCGAAGGGCCUGCGGGUGUUGGCAAAACAACCCUCACAAGAAAGAUGAUAAGUGACUGGGCCUCAGGCACUAGUUCCAUGGAGACUCUCACUGAUUAUGAUUUGGUAUAUUUAAGUAGGUGCCGAGACGAUAUCAAUUCCCUUGGACACCUCCUUGGCUCAUUGAUGGCUGAACGUGGUCUGAUUGAGUGUAUUCAGCAAAAUAGACUUAUGUUCAUUGUGGAUGGGCUUGAUGAACUUAAUGAAGCAUCAGAUAGAGUGCUGAGAGAAAUCAUGGGGAUGGGCAGAACCAAUGACGUAACUGUUCUCUGUACAACACGACCCAACAAAGUACCUGACUUCAACAGAUAUGUCCCAGAGAACUAUGACAUUAUGCAUAUCAAGGUUUUGGGCAUAGAAGAAAAUAAAUGUGGAGAGUUUGUCAGAAAUUAUAGCCAGGUUUUACAAGACCCAGGCACCAUAAACAGAGACAUCUCCGGUCUCCUCCGGUAUCUGUCAAGGAAAGACAGCCGGAUGCAAGCCCACUGGCGGUUCCCCUUCAACUUGGUCCUCGUGACAAUAUUAUGGUUCCUUGACCCACAUGCUGUAAACAUUCUGACCACGGCAACAGAACUCUUCACAAAGACACUUGAGUUGUGCUUAAAGAGAUUGCUUCAGAGGCUGUCUGGCCAUGAAGAAACAAGAACUGUCGAGGGUACUGAACUGAAAGACAAUGUUCAGCAGUUUAUGAAGAAGCUCUGCAAAGAGGCCUUCAUAAACCACUGUGGGGAUGCUGUAGUUCUGUCCAAGCCUUCAGUACAAAGGCUGAAGCUUGCAUGCUGCCUUUCAAAGCUUCCAGCAAAUGAGGUUCUUGGAGCCUUUCUGAUCCAGGCACCUUCUCUGACUGGUGAUGAUGAGAAAUAUAGCUUUCCCCAUAAAGCCGUUCAAGAUUUUUAUUCAGCUAUGCAUGUGAUGGAGAUCAUUAAGGCAGAUGAGCUUGGACUAAACAUCACCGAAAUAAUAGAUGGGUUUGAGAACGUUCUGAAUUAUCAGAAAGUUCCUCAAAACAUUAGCAGUUCUCUUCUUCAUGAAUGUAAUUUGUUUUUGUUGAAAUAUCAGCAUGAAGCAGCCAGGCAAUUACCUAGUAUCCAGAGUGUUCUAGAAGGAGCCGCCAAGGAUGCUGCCAAGUACAAUGGCAAAGAGACAAAGUUAGACUUGAUUAAGGACCAAAACAUUCUGAUUCACCUUACAGGCUUGCUUCACCUCAGAGGAAAGCUAUUGGCAGAGGAAAGAUCCACUGAGCUAGUGGAAUUACUCAAGGCCACUGGUAUUCGUGAUACAUCGCAGUGGCUGGACUUGCUCUCCGAGGUCAAGUGCGACGGCACAGUAAGCAAAUUACUUGCCAAGGCGAUGGAUCUCACGAAAGACACAAGAAUAUCCGACGGCCAUUUAGCUGCAUUCAUGCGUGUUCUGAGCCACGUGCAUCCGAAACUCUUGAACCUGGACAUCUGCGGUGAUCCCGAGGACAUCCCGUGCCUGCGGGAUGUCCUCAUGGGGAUGAUAGGCACGACGUGGAAAGUGGAGCUAAGGCUCCGCCACGACUUCCGACACCCGAGACCCGGCGGGAGCGUCCUCGAUGAUAUUCUUCAGCAGGUUUUCCGAAGGUAAUGUGUAGCUUACUUUACAUUUUAGUCUUAAUUGAACUUUAUUGUUGCAUUAUACAAGGUAAUGAAUUAAAUAAUCUUUUCAUAAAGAAAAAUAUUUCAGUUGUGUUUUCCAUCAUUGUAUCCAUACCUAUACUCUUUCUCACCCCCUCUCUCUAUAUAUUUAUCCAUCUGUCAAUUUUUCUCUCUUUUUCUCUGCCUCCUUUGUAUUUUCCUUAGCCUUUCCUACUCCAUUUUUUUUUCUCUCUCCUCUAUUUUUUCUCUUCUCUUUCUUUCAUUCUCCCUCGUUUAUGUACAUAUCUAGGCAUAUCUAUAUAUGUAUGUAUACAUGUAUG